UGACAUUAGUGAACACAUUCACGUUACAUGAUGAAGUAUCUGCCCUUUCUCAAACCGCAGCACAUAAAGCGUGUAGCAGCUUUGGUACAACCCUUGAACCCUGGGUGGUGCGGUUUUGGCAGGGCGCCCCAUCCCCUCCUCCAGUCCCUAGUGUCAUUAAGGUACCCUGUCAGGCAGGGCUGCUGCAUGAUAUCCGCCAUGGAGGACAUGCUUAGCAAGUCUGUGCCCCCUCUGCCACCCUAUGAGACCAAAGAAAAAACCCCACCACCCCCUGAUGAGCAGAGCCUACAGUUCAUGCAGUAUUACGGGGGUUUAGACAAAGGGCAGAGGGUAACCUUUCUAGGCAAGCUGGCUACUGACUUUGGAGCUGAUCAUGCCCAAGUUGCAGAGCUCAGCAGCAAAGUGAUCCAAGCACAAUACAAGAGGGACAUGGGCACAGUGCUACAAGUGGAGGACAGGUUGAGGUAUUCUCUUACUCCCCAGUACAAAGUGCUCUUCAGUCAUAUCAGUAAAUUGGAAGGGGGAGUGAAAUUCUUGGUGGAUCUGAGAGCUGAUAUUGUAGAGAGUGUUGGAAGUAAGCUGGCAGACGGUCCUCAUAUUAGGGAGAUGAGUGGAGUACUGAAAAGCAUGCUUUCAGAGUGGUUCUCUGUAGGAUUUCUGAACCUGGAGAGAAUUACCUGGCAGUCCCCCUGUGAGGUGCUUCAGAAGAUUAGUGAAUAUGAAGCAGUACACCCAGUACGGAACUGGACUGAUAUGAAGCGUAGAGUUGGUCCUUACAGAAGAUGCUACAUGUUUUCUCACAGUGCCAUGCCUGGCGAACCGCUUAUCGUUUUACACGUUGCUCUAAUGCAGCAAAUUUCAGGCAGUAUUCAGGCAAUUGUAAAGGAGAUCCCUUCUGCUGAAGUUGAAGAUCCGAACAAAAUAAAGUCUGCCAUCUUUUAUUCCAUAAGUUUAACACAACAAGGUCUGCAAGGGGUAGAACUGGGCACAUACCUUAUCAAAAAGGUUGUGAAGGAGCUGAAGGUAGAGUUUCCACAGAUACAGGAAUUUUCCAGUUUAUCUCCAAUUCCAGGAUUCACUAAGUGGCUGCUGGGUGCUCUCAGUUCUCAAAUUAAGGAAUCAAGCAAGCCAGAUCUGUUCCUGGAGUCAGAAUGUAAAGAGAUAUCGGACACCAUCGGAGACACUUUCUCUGAAUCUUUAAAACGUUUGUUCACAAGCAAUGAUGAUGAGAUCUGAAGGUUGGUUAAUGCUUUGGAGGCUCCACUUAUGAGACUUUGUGCUUGGUACCUAUAUGGAGAAAAGCAUCGUGGUUUUGCACUUAACCCAGUGGCUAAUUUCCACCUGCAGAAUGGCGCAGUAAUGUGGCGCCUUAACUGGAUGGCUGACACAAGUCCCCGUGGAGCAGCAGCAUCAUGUGGAAUUAUGGUGAAUUAUCGCUACUUCCUAGAAAAUACAAGUGCCAACAGUGCUAGAUAUUUGAGAACAAAACACAUUGAGGCAUCAGAACAAGUUCUAAGUUUGGUUUCUCAGUUUAAAAAAUACAGCAAACUAUAAAAACGAA